GCCCUCUACUGAGUCGAUGCAAGAGCGUCGUAGAAUACCAGCAACACGCUCUGCACGCUCUUGCACGUCUCACUGUGGAGGCAGAUAGGCGGAGUUCGUCCUGGUUCCUAAGCUUGUUGCACAGCCAUCCCGUUGGCAGCCGCCUUGCACCGUCAUACUCGGCAACUUCUGUCGCAAGUAUACCCAGGUUGACUUUACUCUCACCUGUGCUCCUCUAGGUUCUCUUUGGACGAUUCCAACUCGCUCCCAUCUUAUUCCUACGCCCGCUCUCACACCGUGCCGAACCAACCAACCAACCGACGUCAUGGCGACCCAAGCACACUGCGCAUACUGCUUCGAGAGUCUAGUUGCGAGCCUGGAAAAGCGGCCUGCGCUCUCGCUCGCCAAAGUGGAAUCUCUAUGGACGAAAUACCAGCGCACGGCAUCCGGAGUCGACGAGGAAGCAGGCUCAGCUCCGGCCGCCGACUCGUCGUUGAAACCAGCUCCCAUCUCACGCAUCCUCGCGUCUCCGUCGUCGUCAUCGAGCUCUUCGAGCCUCCCAAGCGCAAGCUCGACGCCCAGCGCCAGCGAAACACACAGCAGCGUGACGAGCCAGAGCAGCAGCAGCACGGAUCUAGUCGACAAGGCGGCAGCCGAGCAAGAGGCAACAACUGACGAUGACGACGACGAUCUUGAAGACGACGCCGACCAAGCACACCCCCUCUUCGUAACAUGGAACACGAUAUCCAGCUCUUCGCACGAAAAGCGACUGCGCGGCUGCAUCGGCACAUUUGAGCCGCUGCCGCUAUCCACCGGACUGUCGUCGUACGCACUCACCUCUGCCUUUGACGACACGCGGUUCCACCCCAUCAGCGCGCACGAACUGGCCUCGCUCGAAUGCGCAGUCACGCUUCUCACGCACUUUGAGCCCGUCGACGACGCCCUCGACUGGCACAUUGGCGUCCACGGUCUACGCAUUAGCUUCUCGGAUAAGGGCCGCAGGUACGGCAGUACCUACCUCCCGGAUGUGGCGCGCGAGCAGGGCUGGUCCAAGGAGGAGACGCUGGUGAGUCUUAUGCGGAAAGCGGGCUGGGGAGGCAGAAAGUCCGAGUGGGCGCGUGUAGGGAUUAAUGUCGUGAGGUAUCAGGGUAAGAAGGUUAGUCUGGAGUGGGAUGAGUGGAAGCGGUGGAGGGACUGGGUGGGUGUGUAGAU